AUGGAAGGAGUGAACGUGUCAACUCACCCACAGAUCCCCGGCGAGCCGACUCAGACCACGACGGCGCUUCUGGAGAACACCACCGCCACCAUCCAAGGCUUCAGCCCCAUCAACAAAAUCCACCAGCACCUCUGCGCGUUCCAUUUCUACGGCGACGACAUGACGAGGCAGGUGGAGGCGCACCACUUCUGCGCCCACCAGAGCGAGGAGUUCCGGCAGUGCCUGAUCUACGACCGGCCCGACGAGGAAGGGCGCCUCAUCGGGCUGGAGUACUUGGUGUCGGAGGAGCUCUUCCUGACGCUCCCCGACGAGGAGAAGAGGUACUGGCACUCGCACGAGUACGAGGUGAAGAGCGGCGUGCUCUUCAUGCCGGGCGUCCCGGGCCCCGUCCAGCACCAUGACCUGGACAAGGUGGCCAAGACCUACGGCAAGGUCAUCCACUUUUGGCAGGUCGAUAGGGGUGACAAUCUGCCCCUCGGCAUACCACAAGUCAUGAUGGCCCUCACGCGCGACGGCCAGCUCUACGACAAGCUCGCCCAGGAUGUUGAGAAACGGUACAAGGUGUCAUUUGCAAAGGAGAGUGAGAAGCGGGCGAGCAUGAAGGGACCGGUUCAUGGGAUACACCCGAUGGCGAAUGGAGGGGGGCAAGGGCUGAAGACCGUGCUGAGGGAGGUGGAGUGCAAGACCACUGAGUCGACGGCGAGAGUCUUUGUUUGA